CCUACCCAGGUGCUAAUGACUUUAGUUAGGUUCACAGUUCGACCAACACACCUCGCAUUGUCACUUUUCUUUUACAAGAGGAUGCCUGCCAGCUUGCAACCUUGUUGGACAAAUUCACCUAGACAGCUUUCGCUACAUUGAACUGCUGACUGCGUCGUCACCCACGCGCAAUCAUCAUGGCUGAACCAAUUAACGAGCCUUCCAUAGUCUCUUCGACAUUCCCUGAUCCUCCCCCUUUCUGGCAAGAUUUCACGCCGGAGAAAAUCGAGCGCUUCGAGUCGCUAAAGUCGCGGUAUGCAAACCAGCAAGGCCUGGAUGCUGCAGCCGUUAUUCGAGUCCCAGACGUCCCCGAAGAUCUUGUCAAUCUCCAGCCCCCAGCCGAACCCGCCGACAGGAAAUGGAGGCUUUUUGGAGAGGUCCAGACGCUCGACGACGAGCUCCAGAGCCUCGAAACUGCCGGUAUCGAUCGCCUUGUCCCUGCCUCGGAGAGUGACCAGGACGGCAAACACAUCGAUCGCGCAUUUGCGCUGAAGCGCCUGGCCAAGUCGCUACUGCUCAAUUUCCUUGAAUGGAUGGGCGUGAUGGCCAUAGCCCCAGAACAGGGCUCCGAGAAAGUCAGCGACCUCCGCACGCUCCUCCUCAACUUCCACCACAUCCUCAACGAGUACCGCCCGCACCAGGCGCGUGAGCAGCUCAUCGCCAUGAUGCAGAGCCAGCUCGACAACAAGCGCGCCGAGACCGCGGCCAUCCGCAGCGUCGUCGACAAGGCGAAGCGCGUCCUCGAGGGCCUCGGCAGCAUCGAGGUCGCCCGGGACGGCGCCUCCGCCGCCGACACGGGGGGGGCGAAGGAGGCCGGGAGGACGGCGGCCGAUCACGAGGGCGCGCGGCGCGGGCGCGAGGACGCCGGCUGGGAGGCGGUGGACUCGGAUUUCGCUUGAGGCCGGACUACGUCACUACGGCAGAUGGCUAUACGAGCUGGUAUGGCGGGCGUUGGGGUAGGGGGGCAUAACGGCUGCUCCUUUGAUUCCGGCUACCUUGUCCCGCAGAAACACGUCCGUCCGCCCCCGGUUUCCUCCAACAAGGACCUACGAAGAGCAAUACCCGCUACCACAAUCAGGCUUCUACGCUGCUCUGCAGAUAGCAGCCACCCUACUCCAGGUCUCGACCUACCCCCUUGUCCCACCACCAAAAGAUCACUGGCUCCCGCGCCAAGGGCCU